GGUGCCCACGUCUCCGCGGCCAGGAAGAUGGCCAAGGUCCCGGAGCUGGAAGACGCCUUCUUGCAGGCGCAGCCUUCUCCCCAAGUUUCCCCUGAGGUCAAGGAGGAGUGUUGUGUGCAGCUCCUGGGCAAGGGCUUGCUCGUUUACCCCGAGGAAAGGGUGUACCUGGAGGCUGAAGCGCAGCCCGGGAGCGCGCUGGGCAGCGAGGAGAACGGGGAAGACCCGGAGCUGCCGGUGGGAGUUAAAUCAGAAAUGCGUUUAAGCAAUGGUAACUUUUCCUCUGAAGAAGAAGAUGCGGACGCUCACGACAGCAAAACCAAAGCAGCAGAUCCACACCUUUCUCAGAAGAAAACCAUCACGCAGAUAAUGAAGGAUAAAAAGAGGCAGACUCAGCUCACCCUGCAGUGGCUUGAAGAGAAUUACAUUGUAUGUGAAGGAGUUUGCUUACCACGGUGCAUCCUUUAUGCUCAUUAUUUGGAUUUCUGCAGGAAAGAGAAAUUGGAGCCAGCCUGUGCGGCCACCUUUGGAAAGACAAUUCGCCAGAAAUUUCCCCUCUUAACGACACGGCGGCUUGGAACAAGAGGCCAUUCAAAGUAUCAUUAUUAUGGGAUUGGCAUCAAAGAGAGCAGUGCAUAUUACCACUCCGUUUAUUCUGGAAAAGGCCUGACAAGGUUUUCUGGAAGCAAGCUGAAGAAUGAGGGUGGCUUCACUCGUAAAUAUUCGCUUAGCUCAAAAACUGGAACACUCCUUCCAGAAUUCCCCAGUGCACAACACCUUGUGUACCAAGGAUGCAUUUCUAAAGACAAGGUUGAUACCCUCAUAAUGAUGUACAAAACUCACUGCCAGUGUAUCCUGGACAAUGCAAUUAAUGGAAACUUUGAAGAGAUCCAGCAUUUCUUAUUACACUUUUGGCAAGGAAUGCCUGAUCAUCUUCUUCCUCUGCUUGAAAAUCCUGUUAUCAUUGACAUUUUCUGUGUUUGUGACUCAAUUCUUUAUAAGGUUCUUACAGAUGUGCUCAUUCCUGCAACGAUGCAAGAAAUGCCUGAAAGCUUACUAGCCGACAUAAGAAAUUUUGCUAAAAAUUGGGAACAGUGGGUUGUUUCAUCCUUGGAAAACUUGCCAGAAGCUCUAACUGACAAGAAAAUACCUAUUGUGCGAAGAUUUGUGUCUUCUCUGAAACGACAAACAUCUUUCUUACACCUUGCUCAGAUUGCCAGACCGGCUCUCUUUGACCAGCAUGUAGUGAAUUCCAUGGUGUCUGAUAUUGAAAAGGUUGACUUGAAUAGUAUUGGAUCUCAGGCCCUUCUCACCAUUUCGGGCAGCACAGACGCUGAAUCUGAUAUCUACACAGAACAUGACUCUAUCACAGUGUUCCAAGAACUGAAAGAUCUGCUUAAGAAGAAUGCCACCGUGGAGGCUUUUAUUGAAUGGUUGGAUACUGUGGUAGAGCAGAGAGUUAUUAAGACCAGCAAACAAAGUGGAAGAUCGUUAAAGAAGAGGGCUCAAGACUUUCUGCUGAAGUGGAGCUUUUUCGGUGCUCGAGUAAUGCAUAAUCUCACCUUGAACAAUGCAUCCAGUUUUGGUUCUUUCCAUUUGAUCCGAAUGCUUCUUGAUGAAUACAUUCUCCUGGCCAUGGAGACCCAGUUUAAUAAUGACAAAGAGCAGGAGUUACAGAAUUUAUUGGACAAGUAUAUGAAGAAUUCAGAUGCAAGUAAAGCUACUUUCACUGCUUCUCCGAGUUCAUGUUUUCUGGCCAACCGUAAUAAAGGGAGCACUGUUUCCAGUGACACUGUGAAGAAUGAAAGCCAUGUGGAAACAACCUAUCUUCCUCUGUCAUCCAGUCAACCUGGAGGCUUACCCUCUGCUCUGCACCCAUUCCCUGCUGGGAAUACGGACAACCUGCCACUCACAGGUCAAAUGGAGCUUUCCCAGAGCACUAGUCAUCUGAUGACACCACCCAUUUCUCCAGCCAUGGCGAACCGAGGAAGUGUCAUUAACCAGGGGCCAAUGGCAGGAAGACCCCCAAGUGUGGGUCCAGUACUGUCAGCCCCAUCACACUGCUCAACAUACCCAGAGCCCAUUUAUCCUACUCUCCCUCAAGCCAACCAUGACUUUUAUGGGACCAACUCUAACUAUCAGACUGUGUUUAGGGCACAGCCUCACCCUCCAUCAGGACUCUAUCCUCAUCGUCCCGAGCAUGGUCGAUGCAUGACCUGGAGUGAACAGCAGCUUUCUAGAGACUUCUUCAGUGGCAGCUGUGCAGGGUCUCCGUAUAAUUCUCGGCCACCUUCCAGCUAUGGACCAUCCCCACACUGCCAAGAUUCACACAGUAUGCAGUUUUUAAAUACAGGAAGCUUCAAUUUCCUGAGCAACACAGGGGCUGCCAGCUGCCAAGGAGCAACAUUGCCUCCUAAUUCACCUAAUGGCUACUAUGGGAGCAACAUAAACUACCCAGAGUCUCAUCGGCUUGGAACCAUGGUGAAUCAACACGUUUCUGUCAUCAGCAGUGUUCGCUCAUUGCCUCCCUACAGUGACCUCCACGAUCCACUUAACAUUUUAGAUGACAGCAGUAGAAAGCAGAGCAGCUCAUUUUAUGCAGACACAUCACCCUCCGUUGCAUGUCGAACUCCUGUAGUAGCAUCCAGCUUGCAAAACCCAAUUCCUUCCUCCUCGUCCCAGUGUAUGUAUGGAACUUCCAGUCAAUAUCCAGCUCAAGAAACCCUGGACUCCCAUGGGGCAAAUGGUAGAGAAAUGGUGUCCUCUUUGCCACCCAUCAACACUGUGUUCAUGGGGACAGCAGCUGGAGGCACUUAAAUCAACAAUGUUGGGUGGGGGUUGAAACUUUUAAAAUCUCUACUGCUCAAAUAUUAUUCACUCAGGCUGCCAUCAGAGUAAAGAAAAUGGAAUAUGCAGUGGUAGGACAUUGUUUUUCAAGUUACUGGUACAAAGCUGUGGACGACUCCAGAGUGAAUGAAGAGACUUGCAGAGUUUGCCUUGCACACAAAUUGUUUAGAAUGCGAUCUCAUUAUUAAUCAUAGUUUCAAACAUUGUCACGUGGAAUCAGUGGAGCUUUGAAGAUGCAAACAUUUCAACUCUGAAGAUCUAAUAUUUCACUUCCUAAGUUAUUGAAAAUCUGUAUGCUGUUUCCUCUUUGGUUUCUAAAAAAAGAGAAAAGUUUAUUUAAUGUCUCUGAAAUACUUUUAAUUUAUUAGGAUCUCAGAAUCAUUGUUUACUAUCCCUUAUUUGACAGAAAGUCAAAAGUGUGUGUUCUACCUCCUAUGGAAAUGUUUACAAGGUCGAGACUUAAUUCAAUUCAGCCUAGACCAGAGUUGCUUGACUUUCAAUUCCUGUGCAUUAGUGUGAUGAUCUCUGUUACAUAGCGAUAUUCCAAUUCUAUGUAACUGAAUGGAGAUUAUACAUGCUUUCUCUCUUUAUUUAAAAAAGAUAAGAGAAAUAAAAGAAAUAAAGUAUGGAAAUAUUUUUAAAGGCUUGGUUGCUCUCCGGGCUGGUACUGUUUCUGAAGAAUGCUGGGGAUUUGCAGGAAACGCUCCUUUGAAUAUCAAAUUAAAGAGUAAAGCUGGUUGGUCAAAACGCCAUAA